AUUAAUAAAGGUGGGGAGGGCAACAAAGAGCAAUAAAGGAUAAACAUUCUUUUUUUCCUCCUGCUUUUCCUGGUGAUACAGCUACAGUGAUAGGAACUUCCAGUGCAUGUGCACUGCAUAGGUGAGAGAAUAUACUAGCGAUACCUGCAAGGUAAAAAUAAGUUGCCACUCACUUUAGUAGAAAUAAGUUCUCACUCACUUUAGAAGGUUGGCACAUGCAGAACUCCAGUUGCAUCCCAUAUUCUUUCAGCUGCCAGUCUCACACUGGUAUGUAGCAGAGCUGGGUUUGGUGCUCCCCAAGCAGGGCUCAAGCAGUGCACUGAGCAGUCUACGCAGAGCUUCUAGCUUUGAAACCUGCUGGAAUAGAGCUUCACCACCCAAUUCUUCCCACUACUGCAGCCCCUGGCUGUAGGGAUGCCAUUCAGGCAGUGUCCCAAAAUUGCAUGAAGAAGAACAUCUUUUCCAAGUACUAUCCCGGGAGAAUGGAUAAAGCUUUACAGGACAGAACUUAAAACUCUGCCUUUCAGUGAGACCACCAGAGUUUGUGGGUACAGCAUGCAACCUAAGCUCAGUAACAGAACCAGGAUCAAAGCACACCCUGAAUAAGGUGGUCUAACGCCUGAAUUCACAUACACGUGGGCACAGCAUCCAAAUGUUACAGGGCUUUGGACUGAUCUGUAGCAUACGGCAGCCACCACAUUGCUUCCAUCCAUCAUUUCUAAACCAUGAUAUCCACAACCUAACUUGGUUUCUUUUGAUGUUACUUGCAGAAAGGAAACCUUCAAACCCUACCACCAUACCACUAACUGCUGGCCUGUUCAAGAGAUGAAAACCAUGAAGACUCUGAUGCUCUUGAUUUGCCUGCUAGGAUCAGCUUCGGCUAUUCCAACUAAGCCUAUUCAUUCUGAAGCCCAAGAGGAAGGGAAGACAAGGCCUGCAAAUGAGGGUGAUUUGCAGCCCAGCCACAGAAACAUAAAAGCAAAGGUACCAGUAGCAGAUGCUGAGCACAGGGAGAAGCCCUGGACAGCUAGAAGACAUGGACAAAGUGGUCAUGAGCAUCAGAUGAAAUCCAGUCUGAAGAGCAUUAACUUCCUUUCCCUGCAGGGUAAACCAGGCUUGACUUCUGAUAGCCAGGAGAGUGAUUCUGGCAGCAGUGGCAGAGAGCAGUCCAGCUCUGACCACUACCAGCUCAGGAGGCAUGAGAAACACAGCAACACAGCCAACCAAGCACUGGGUGCUGGAGAAAAUCCAGUGGAUGCUCUCAAUCCCGAUCAUGAGCAUGAUGCGUGGAAAUAUAAUAAAAAUACAGUUGGCCUAUCUGAAAACACCAGUGAAAGCGAUGAAGAGGAAAAUGUGGAAGAAGAGGAUGAGGAAUGGGGGGAAGUGACUGAUUACAUGGAUAUGAAGCACAAAGCCCACCGGACAAGUCACGGAAACCAAUACAGGAGACAGCAGAAAGAAAACAGCAGGCAGUCUGAUGAAAUACUGAGAGAUUCCAGUCAGCAAAUCCAGAUAACCAAGAGACACGGUGAGAAAUUCAGCACAGAGGAAGAAGGCGAAAGUCAGGAAAAGCCCUAUAAGGAAGAAAAAAUCCCCCUCUCAAAAAGAAGUCAUAAUGAGGAUGAAAAAUGGCAAAGCCAAGAAAACAAAGAUAGUUUUCAAGUAAACCAUCAGAGCGAUCAUGGCAUGGUGAUGAAAAGACAGGGUAAGGAGGGUGGUAACGUUGAUAAGGAUGAUAUCGAUAGUGGUAAUGAUGGUGAGGAAGAUCUCAGCAAUGCCUGGAAAGAAGCAGCCUAUGAGGAAGAGGAAAGAAUCCAGAGAAAUGACCAAGACAGCACCAGUAAUGAGCCUGAAGAAGAAGAAACCACUGGAGAUGACAGUGCAGCUCAUAGAGAGAGAUGGGAUCACCAAGGUAUCAAAAUUAAAGACCUUACUCAGUCUGAAGAUGCUAACUACCACUAUGAGGUGCCUAAUUCUGACAUCAACCAACAACUGCAAACAAGCGGCUCUGUUCAGAGUGUGUAUUCAAUGGAACCAGUAGAUGAGGUUAAGACCACAGGCAGUUCAUACGGUGCGAGAAGUGCAAGCAACAGCACUGGGGAGGCUUUUCCGGACCCAUGCAGGAACUUCCACUGCAAAAGAGGAAAAGUCUGCCAGGCAGACAGACAAGGGAAACCCGGCUGUAUUUGCCAAGAUCCUGCUGCUUGCCCUUCCACCAAAGAUUAUGAGCGUGUUUGUGGCACAGAUAAUAAGACUUAUGACGGCACAUGCCAACUCUUUGGUACCAAAUGUCAACUUGAAGGAACAAAAAUGGGACGCCAGCUGCACCUAGACUAUAUGGGCUCCUGCAAAUACAUACCUAACUGUACCGAUUACGAAGUAGAUCAGUUCCCCCUCCGUAUGAGAGACUGGCUCAAAAACAUCCUCAUGCAGUAUUAUGAACGUGAUCAGGAUACAACUGGACUCCUAACCGAAAAGCAAAGGCAUAAGGUCAAAAAGAUCUACCAGAAUGAAAAGCGUCUCAUGGCUGGUGACCACUCAGCUGAGCUCCUCCUGCAUGACUUUGAGAAAAACUAUCACAUGUACGUGUAUCCUGUGCACUGGCAGUUUUAUCAGCUUGAUCAGCAUCCAGCUGACAGAUCACUGACGCACUCAGAGCUCGCUCCCUUGCGAGCCUCCCUCGUUCCCAUGGAACACUGCAUCACCCGUUUCUUCCAGGAGUGUGACCAAGACCAAGACAAACUCAUUGGUUUGAAGGAGUGGUGCCACUGUUUUGGGAUUAAGGAAGAAGACAUAAAUGAAAAUCUCUUGUUCUGAGCCUGGAUGAGCCUGUUCUGAGCCAGUAUCCCAGUGCUGCACUACAACUGGUCAAAUAUAUGAAGCCCAUUUAUUACUGUAAUUAAUAGCUGCAUAGUUUUCAGAACACACUUGUCAUAAGGUUCUUGUAGGCUGAGGUAUUCUCAUAUAACACAAGUGCAUAACUGGUAUAAAUUCACUAACAAAAAAAUUGAAGAACUCCAAGUGGCUCACUGCUGAACAGAAGUGUUUUCCUCCACAUGUACCCAUGGCCUCUCUGAAGCAAGAAGUAGAACUAACCCAAGAGCAGAGUUGUUGACAAAGCUCUUCUUCAGUAGAACUAUAGGAUGUGGAUCUUACACACUGAAACCUACCUUGACAUAGCAUUUAUUUCUUCUCCUGUUACUGUCAGUUUAACAUUCUGCAUAGAAGUGUCAA